AUGUCCAAAUUUUCAUGGAAUGACCUGAUCCAAUUAAACUCGCCCGCUACAGCGUACCUAUCACCCUUAUCGUGCCUAGCACACAUUGAUGUUAAUGCUUUUUUUGCCCAGGUUGAACAAAUUAGAUGUGGGUAUACAAAAGACGAUCCAGUUGUAUGCGUUCAAUGGAAUUCUAUCAUUGCGGUUUCUUAUGCUGCUAGAAAAUAUGGGAUCUCACGAAUGGAUACCAUACAGAGUGCAAUGAAAAAAUGUGAAAACCUUAUUCCUAUCCACACUGCUCUUUUUAGGAAGGGUGAAUCAUGGUGGACAUACUACGAUGGAUGUGGAUCAUGGAUGAAAGAUCCAGAAAAACAGUUACCACCAAAUAAAUUUAAAGUGGCAUUGGAUCCCUAUAGAAGAGAGAGCAGAAAGAUUUUAAAGAUAUUCAAAGAGCAUUGUGAUUUAGUGGAAAAAGCAAGUGUCGAUGAAGUUUUCCUAGAUCUGGGUCGUUUGUGCUUCCAAGAUCUGAUGUUUGGUGAGAAUGAAGAAUUUGAGAGUUGUGAUCAAUUAAAAAUGUUACGUAAAAUGUUCAUUGAAGGAGAUUACGAUUUAAAAUCUAGGUUACCAGUUGUACCCGAUGACCUAAAAAAACUUGAAUUUGUUGGAAAUGUCUUCAACUCAGAAAAUAGAUGCCUUAUUGAGGAUUGGGAUGAUAUAAUCUUUUUACUCGCAUCAAGAAGAACCCAAGCGGUUAGAGACGUCAUCUUCAAGAAUCUUGGGUACACAACCUCUUGCGGGAUAUCACGUACUAAAAAUGUAUGCAAAUUGGGAUCCAACUUCAAGAAGCCCAACGCUCAAACAACAAUCAAGAACAAUUGUUUAGAAGACUUUCUUGAUAGCGGUAAAUUUGAGAUCACCAGUUUUUGGACGAUGGGCGGUAAAUUGGGUCAAGAUAUAAGUGAAAUAUUGAACGUACCUUCUGAGGGUAGUCUCAAAUACAUAAGAGAAAGUUGGCCAAAUUCGGCUGUCGAUUUAGAGCAUUUUAUUGAACAAAAAGUGAAAGAACUUGAGAAAAAUGGAUCAACUACUAGGAUCGAUAUGUCUAAAGUUGAUGAGUUGAGCACAAAGAUAUAUAAAUUGGCUAGAGGAAUUUACUGUGUACCAUUGAAUCCACGCCCCGUGGUGAAAUCGAUGAUGUCAAAUAAAAACAUGAGAAAAGAUGGAUGCACCAGCUUAAUCGAUUGCAUAGAUUGGCUAGAGGUAUUUAGCGCCGAAUUGAUUGCCCGAAUAACUGAAUUAGAGCAAGAAUAUAAUAAAAUAAUUAUUCCGCGAACAAUAAGUAUAUUUGUUAAAACGCAUCUAGAUGAUGUUGCUCGAAAAUCAACUCAAUUGAUUCACAGAGAUUCCAAAAUUAACAGCCAACAAUUACUGAAAAUGGGAACUCAGCUCAUCACAGAGUUGGAUGCCAAAUUUGCAAGAGGUAAUUCAGCGAAGUUUUAUCCAUUGCUCAAUAUGAAUAUGAUAAUCAGUAACUUUGAAAUUAUUGACCAGAAGAAGACGGUGAUUGACAUGUUCGGACAGCAAGCACAAAUAUUUCAAAAAAAUACAGCUAAUAAAGAGCCUGAACUGACAGUACAAGGCACAGACGAUGCCGACACAAAUGCUGCUAGGACUUUCAAUUGCCAUUUAUGUUCGUUAGAAUUUGACUCAGAAAGAGAGUUUCAAGAACAUCUCGAUUUCCACGUUGCUUCAAAGCUAUCAGAAAGUUUGAAUGGCUUCAAUGGAGAUUCAAAGAAUUUAUCAGAAGGAGAAAAGCGAUUGUUGUUUCCAACCAAAAGGAAAACGGCAUCACAAGGCUUAACAGCUGGGAAGAAUAAGAAAAAAAAGACGAAUUCAAAGGUGGGUAAUAUACUAUCAUUUUUUGGAAAAUAA